AAUCCACGUACGUACCGCGAUUGUCACAACGCUGGGUUUUUGCCACCCGCUUAAACCCCCCACUGAACAAUCGAACGGACAAUUCCCCCCUGGAGAGAGAGAGAGAGAGAGAGAGAGAGAGAGAGAUUUGAUGGAGAGCAAACUGGUAUGGCUUCUGCAGAGGAGGAGCAAAGCCCUAAAUCACAUUUACAAUAACAUAAAGCAUGCGUCGACUAGGGUUCUGAAUGAACAACCUUCGCCUUCAUCGCCUUCGUCUUUGCUAAACCCUUCUAGAUUCUUCUCCAGCGUUUCCGGCCGCAGCGCUGCUUCUUCGACUUGUGUUGCUGGUAGGAAAUCCGUUAUCUAUGGCUUCAGAGCCCUCCAUCGUCAUCAUAAGGAUUUCUACAAGCCAUCUUAUCGUACUAUGUCCACUGCCUCAGUUGCCUCUAUUGAAAGUAAGGAGGGACUGAAGCUUCUUGUUACUGCAGGGCCACAUGCUCAGAAAGUGAUUGGGAUAUGGCUCUUUGCUUCUGCUGCAUGGGUGUUUAGUAUGGUGAUACUUGGUGGUGUCACAAGACUUACCCGAUCUGGUCUCUCAAUGACUGACUGGAAAUUCAGUGGUAGCCUUCCUCCGAUGUCGGAUGAGGAUUGGUUGAUUGAGUUUGAGAAAUACAAGCAGUCCCCAGAGUACAAGCGUGUAAACAAAGGGAUGAAUAUUGAUGAUUUCAAGUUCAUAUAUUGGAUGGAAUAUGCACAUCGUAUGUGGGGAAGGGCGCUGGGGGUUAUGUUUGCUCUACCAUUUUCAUAUUUUAUGCGUAAAGGAUAUAUUACCUUACGACUUGGUCUAAGACUCUCUGCGCUAUUCGCCCUCGGUGCUGGACAGGGAUUAAUUGGUUGGUGGAUGGUUAAAAGUGGGCUAGAAGAACCACCAUCUGAAUACACACAGCCAAGAGUAAGCCCUUACCGCUUAGCAGCUCAUCUAACUUCAGCAUUUGUAAUUUAUUGUGGCCUAUUUUGGACUGCUCUUUCUGUUGUAAUGCCUGAACCACCUGCUGAAUCAGUAGCUUGGGUUCGCGGGGCAGCAAAGGUUAAGAGACUUGCCCUUCCCCUAAGCGUUCUUGUUGGCAUCACUGCUGUCUCUGGGGCUUUUGUUGCGGGGAAUGAUGCUGGCCAUGCAUUUAAUACAUUCCCAAAGAUGGGUGAUACAUGGAUUCCGGAUGAUGUUUUAAGUAUGAAGCCACUUUUGCGGAACUUCUUUGAGAAUACAUCAACAGUGCAGCUCGACCAUCGUAUCUUAGCAGCUGCAACGUUGGUUUCUAUCUGUGGCUUUUGGUGGUCAACAAGAAAACUGGAUAUUCAUCCUGCUAUACGAUCUUUGAUUGGAAGCACCAUGGGCAUGGCUGCUCUUCAGGUCACUUUAGGGAUAUCGACACUCCUGUCGUAUGUACCUGUCUCGCUAGGCACUGCUCAUCAGGCUGGAGCUCUAACUUUAUUGACACUGAUGAUCCUUCUCAAUCACACAGUCCGAAAGCCAUCUCUUUCGCUUCUGAAGUCUCUCCCUUCCGUUGCAAAAACAACCUAGUAACUCUUCAUACUGCAAUUAUGUACUGAGUUUAGGAAUACGGCUCUCUUCAAUUAUUGGUCCUUCCAAUAGUCAAUUUUCAGGUGCUCGGCACAUCUUGCCACUAUAGCUCACGAUAAAGAUCAAUGACCUUCCUCAAUGCGCUUGUUAACUGGGUAGAUUUUUCAACAAUGAGUUGUGACUGUUGUAUUCGAAAAUGCCAUUGAUUAUCGAUAACAUGUUAUUCUUUAUUGUGUAUAUUUUUUAGGACAAAGAUCUUUACAAUUAAGCGGCUAUUCUUGUUGUUGCAUCAA